CUCCCCCUCUCUCACGACGUUCCCCUUAUCCCCUCCCACACGACGGCUUCUCCUGCUCCUCUCGAAUUCGGCUCACCGAGAAUGAUGGAUGAUGAUGGUACAGGGAGCUGAAGGCGGCGAACUCGUGGAACAGCGAGGAGAAAGUGCGGAGGAGAGGUCGCCAUCUCCCACCUCUGUGCUCGGUUGCUCACGCACACAAACCAUCUCAUUACCAAUAUGACCGUGCACUCCAUCGCUGGCGCAUAUACCACCAUUGGUUCCCACUUCAGCUCCGUACCCUGUGGCAGAGCACCCGCGGAGCACAUUGGGCUCCGCCACCUCAGCGCACUUUCAAGCUGCAGCCUGCACUCCCCACUCUUUUCCCACUGCUCACCCGUGUCCUCCCCGAGCACCAAGUGCGCUGUGCAUGCCAUCGCCAUUGAGACGCUCGAGCGGAAUGCUGCCUCUGGUCAACUACUCGAGAAGUGUGUGAACACGAUACGGUUCCUGGCCAUCGACGCCGUGGAGAAUGCCAAAUCCGGUCAUGCAGGAAUGCCCAUGGGGUGCGCGGCCUUGGGUCACAUUCUCUAUGAUGAGGUGAUGCGGUAUAACCCCAAGAACCCCUACUGGUUUAACCGAGACCGUUUCGUUCUCUCUGCUGGCCAUGGGUGCGUGCUUCAGUAUGCCCUUCUCUACCUAGCUGGCUAUGACAGCAUCAGUGAACAUGAAUUGAAGCAACUCGGUCAAUGGGGAAGCAGGACUCCAGGCCAUCCUGAAAGCUUUCUUACUGCUGGAGUUGAAGUUACCACUGGCCCACUUGGUCAGGGAAUCGCCAAUGCAGUUGGGCUGGCACUUGCGGAGAAGCACCUGGCUGCCCGCUUCAACAAGCCUGGAAGUGAGAUCGUCGAUCACUACACGUAUGUUAUUCUGGGAGAUGGUUGCCAAAUGGAGGGUAUCUCCAAUGAAGCUUGCUCGUUGGCUGGACACUGGGGUCUUGGCAAGCUGAUUGCUUUCUAUGAUGACAAUCACAUAUCUGUUGAUGGAGAUACAGGUAUUGCGUUCACAGAGGACGUAAGCGCCCGCUUUGAGGCUCUCGGAUGGCACACGAUCUGGGUUAAGAAUGGAAACACUGGCUAUGAUGACAUCCGUGAAGCCAUUAAGCAAGCUAAGGCAGUAACUGACAGGCCUACACUAAUCAAAGUGACCACUACAAUUGGUUUCGGAUCUCCUAACAAGGCUAACUCAUACAGUGCACAUGGAGGUCCAUUGGGCACCAAAGAGGUUGAAGCAACAAGGCACAACCUUGGAUGGCCCUAUGAGCCAUUCUUUGUGCCGGAGGAUGUCAAGAGCCAUUGGAGCCACCAUGUGCCACAAGGUGAUGCGCUUGAGGCUGAUUGGAAUGCUAAGUUCGCAGAGUAUGAAAAGAAGUAUCCAGAGGAUGCAGCAACUCUUAAAAUUAUCAUCUCAGGGGAGCUGCCGGCUGAUUGGGUUGAUGUUCUUCCUAAAUACACUCAGGCAAGCCCAGCAGAUGCCACCAGAAAUCUCUCUCAGCAGUGCUUGAAUGCACUUGCUAAAGUGUUGCCUGGUCUUCUUGGAGGUAGUGCUGAUCUUGCGCCCUCCAACAUGACACUACUUAAAAUGUUUGGCGACUUCCAGAGGGAUACACCUGAGGAGCGCAAUGUCCGUUUUGGAGUCAGGGAGCAUGGAAUGGGUGCCAUUUGCAACGGCAUUGCUCUGCACAGUCCAGGUCUCGUUCCAUAUUGUGCUACCUAUUUUGCUUUCUCUGAUUACAUGAGAGCUGCCAUGAGGGUCUCAGCCUUGUCUGAAGCUGGAGUUAUCCAUAUUAUGACCCAUGACUCUAUUGGUGUGGGAAAAAAUGGUCCAACCCAUCAGCCCAUUGAGCACUUGAUGAGCUUCCGAACUAUGCCCAACAUAUUGGUGCUCCGUCCUGCAGAUGGCAAUGAGACUGCUGGGGCUUACAAAGUUGCAGUCCUCAACAGGAAGAGGCCAUCUGUUCUCGCCCUCUCCAUGCAAAAACUUCCUCACCUGCCUGGUACCUCGGUUGAGGGUGUUGAGAAGGGUGGGUACAUCAUCUCCGACAACUCAACUGGGAACAAACCUGACCUCAUUAUGUUGAGUACCGGUUCUGAAUUGCAGAUUGCUGUCAAGGCUGCUGAUGAGUUAAGGAAGGAGGGGAAGGCGGUUCGUGUUGUGUCACUUGUUUGCUGGGAACUUUUUGAGGAACAAUCGGAUGAAUACAAGGAGAGUGUUCUCCCGGAGUCGGUUACUGCAAGAAUUAGUGUUGAAGCAGGUUGUACUCUUGGAUGGCAGAAAUACGUCGGGACCAAGGGAAAGAUUAUUGGGAUCGACAGAUUCGGUGCGAGUGCUCCUGGUGAAAAGAUCUUCGAGGAGUAUGGAAUCACCGUGGGGAGUGUCAUCACAGCUGCCAGGAGCUUGUGAUCUUUGAUGCCAACUGCAAAGGAGCACUGUGCUUCAAGGUUUUUCGCCCAAAGCUUCAUACGGAGAGGAUGCGUGCCAAUGCUUUCUAUUUUGAUCGGUUUAAAUAUUGGUGAUUACUUCACGAUGCCCUUUGUUCUUGUAAUUUUUUGUUUCUUUUGUUUUUUUUUCAGUUUUAGUGUGUUUGGUUGCAUGCACUACACACUACAUGGACAGUCCUGAAUAGUGUGGUUCAACCAAUUACUUGUACUAUAUGGUUCACUCUAAUUAAUAAAAUAAUAUAUUAGGUGGGAUGGCUUCAUCCUGAGUUGAUACAA